AUGGUCCUCACGACUCCCACGACAAACGGCGGUGAUGAACACCCGCAGAAGGCAGUGACUGAGGCCAUCACUGGAGGCCAUCACUGGAGGCCAUCACUGGAGGCCAUCACGAGAGGCCAUCACUGGAGGCCAUCACGAGAGGCCAUCACUAGAGGCCAUCACUGGAGGCCAUCACUGGAGGCCAUCACUGGAGGCCAUCACGAGAGGCCAUCACUAGAGGCCAUCACUGGAGGCCAUCACUGGAGGCCAUCACGAGAGGCCAUCACUGGAGGCCAUCACUGGAGGCCAUCACUAGAGGCCAUCACGAGAGGCCAUCACUGGAGGCCAUCACUGGAGGCCAUCACGGGAGGCCAUCACGGGAGGCCAUCACUGGAGGCCAUCGCGGGAGGCCAUCACUGGAGGCCAUCACUGGAGGCCAUCACUGGAGGCCAUCACGAGAGGCCAUCACGAGAGGCCAUCACUAGAGGCCAUGACUGGAGGCCAUCACUGGAGGCCAUCACGGGAGGCCAUCACGAGAGGCCAUCACUGGAGGCCAUCACGGGAGGCCAUCACGGGAGUUGA